AUGCACCAUGGUGUCUUCCGAUCACUCAUCAUGCCUCAUUAUUGUCGUCCUUUAGCCAAUUUGCCUCAAUUGAGUGAACAUAUAAUAUAUAGCAAUGCAAAACGUAUCAAAGAAGCUCUAGAAUAUGUUCAUUCUCAAAAUAUAGUUCAUAUGGAUGUAAAGUCUGCGAAUGUUAUGGUGGACAUGGAUGGAAAAUGGUAUUUAGCUGAUUUUGGUUCUGCAAAAAACAUUGGGGAGCCAGUUGGAUCUUAUACUCAUCAUUUUUAUCCUGUAGACAUUACAUCAAAACCAGCAUUACCCUCAUUUGAUUAUUAUAUGUUUAUCAUAUUAGUUAUAAUCGAAUUAAAUAAAGCAAACUGGAAAUCAUUACUUGAUUAUAACAAUCAUAUGCAUAUUGCACAUUCAGAAGUUGUAAAUAUGAUUAAACAAGGUAGAACUCCUAUAUUCAUUUGUUUUCUAACCGACUUAUUAACGCUGGCAGAUAAUGAUUGUAUUAAGAGCUUAUAA